AUGAAUAGCUGGCGGUCCCCAAGUCACACUGGCGACGACCCGUCGUCCAGCCCAUAUACAGCCAACAACGGCUGGCCGACGCCCCAGAGUCAACCUUCUCCUGGCCGUCGCGAAUAUGCCAUGCAGCCGCCUCCUUUGACCACUUCAUUUAAUAACCCCCAGUUUCAGGGACAGGGACUUGGUGUCGGACUCGGCGCGGGCUACCUAGCAACUCCUCUUUCUACAACCUCCUUAUCCAGCCCGUUCAUCCAUUCUCCCGCUGUGAAUUCCGCCGGUGGGCACAUCGGAUCUUCCCCAAUGGCGUCCAGACAGUACAAUGCUCCUUAUAACCCUCAGGACUGGGGUCCCGUCCAUAAUGCCCCGAUGAAUACUGGCCAGUCGCCAUAUGCACAGUCAGGCAACGUGCUUCGAGUCGUUCCACAGCACCGAUAUGCCGCCCCGGAGCCUGAGUUGUCACCACCCCCUCCACCAUAUUCUCCUCCAAGCCAGCAGCAGCAGCACCAACAGGUGGAUCCUGUAGUCCAUGCCACUGCAUCCCCUAAUGCCGGGUCUCCGUACACGGGUUCUACUCGGCAACCAUCGAUGUCUCGUACUCGUCCCGUUUCUAAUGUCCGAGCGGAUGCAAGUCAUAGUAGACAGGUUUCGCUUCCGCCUCCUCCACCUUUGCCGCAGGGGAUGCCAUCUUCCAGGUCGUCCUCUCGUAACCGCACUGAGGUAUACCAGGAGCAAUCCUCUUUCAAUACCGGCUCUCGACCGUAUAUUAUGGUUUCGGACAACAACCUGCAGUCAUCUCAAUCGAACGGGUAUGGCUAUGCAAACGCUGCUGUCCAACAUGAUGAUUUGAGCCGCCCUCCAAAUUCUAGACGAGCGGUCUCUGCCGGACCAACUGUAGGAAGUGCAAGCACAUCGGGAGCUACAAGCCAAUCGAGAAGCCAAUCGAGGAGCCAAUCGCCACAAAACCCGGGUUGGGAACCAGGAAUGCCGCUUCCACCACCUCCCCCCGGUCCCCCGCCAGCUGCGAGGUCGCAGAGUGUAAGUGGAAGGCCCGAUGCAUCAUCUUUGCGCAGCUCGCAGGUUCCCACGCGCACAACACGUCAACCUCCAUCCUUAGGAACUGGAUUGGGUAGUGUCCCACCAACGCCUGCAGGGUGGGUGGAUGAGAGUCAUACCAACUCUGCGCCGCAGCAGGACAGGGCGCCACUUAAUAUUGACACUUCAAAACAAGCAAUCACUCGUGAUACUGGCGGUUCUGGGUCCAAUGGCACAGCCCACCCAUCUCGAAACUCCAGCAGUGGACUGUUCCGUAGCCCAGCUGUUCGAGACACGAGCUCCAAAGGAAUUCGGGAAAGGAGGACCGAACGCAGGAAUAGACAGAGCCAGGUGUUUGACGAUUAUAGUGCAGUAUCAACGACCAACACCAACCCUUGGGCCGACGCGCUCGAUCAAUUGAAACCUUCAAACCUCGUCCUCAGUGAGCAGCAGAGGACUGAAAAUAUCCGGUCUGAUGGGUCUACAAGAUAUACACCACGCAGCAACCACAGCGAUAUGCCUACCGCUCAAUCUCGCGGGUCUGGGACAAGCUUGUUCUCCUCAAACCGAUCUCCUUUCUCAACGCCUCGGGGGGAGUCCAGCCCUCUCAGUCCACCAUCACAAAGAUAUGCGCAAACGCCACCCUUCUCACCGAGUGUGGAGCAGUCAUCCUCUUUUCAGAAAUCCUCAUCCCAGGUACUUCCCCCAAAAGCCCUCCCAACUCCUCCACUGCAAUCUGGACAAGAUUCGCGGCCGUCGUCAGGACUCAGUCGCAGGGAAGACCGCCCGAUCUCGCAUAUCCUUCACUUGCCCAAUGACAGUGUUAGCUCUCCAACUCUGCAGCCUCGACGACCAUCACUCAAUCGUGGACAGUCGCUGGACUCUGUUGUGAACCAGGAUGCAGAACUUAUCCAGGGCGCUACAAAGAGACAUAAAGAGUUUAUCGAGAAGGAGGCCAGUGCUGCCGAUGAGGCGGAAGCUCUACGGCUGUUCACUGAGUUUAUCAUUGCAGAAACGCAAAUUCGGCGUGAGCGAUACGCCAAGGUAUUUGAUUCUGGUUCCUUCAAUUUGGAACAGUUGCAUCAAAAACUUUUCCAGCUGCCGCCAAAACCGGUUCCAGAACCGGCUGCUCGACGGCCCAUUCGAGGCCCCAAACUGGAUAUCCCCCGUGGAGAGUCGUCCUGGAACAACUACAAGCCAUGUCUCUCACCGAUAGCGAGUCUCGGCAUUAGCAAUGACGAGAUGAGCUCUAGAGGGCGUGCACCCAGUCGCUGGUGGGAAUCUAAGACCGGAUCAGACAGCGAGGGGGGUGAACGUAGAGUUCGACGCUCGAAGCGUGAAUCUAAAUAUAUGGGGCUGCCACUUGGGCUUCGAAGCAACGGAGAUGCCGAGCAUACUUUUGAUGACCAAUUCAACCAAUACGCUGCAUAUGGCCCAGAUGAGUAUCCGCCUGAAAAGGUUGGAUUGCACGAGAACCAAGCUCAUCCAGAAUACCCAACCCCAAGCUUGAGCAGCUACAGCGCAUCCACCGAGCCUCAGAAAAUGGACGUUUCGAGGCUCAUUACCCUCCCACCACCCUACCCGCGUCACUACCCUGCCGUUAACAACAGCCACCCCGAACUUGUCACCUACCGAACAGUCGUCCGCUCAAUCAGCGAUCAUUCCGAAAUAAAAUCCACCAUUCAACGGCACGCCUCUGACUCCGACGUCCUCUGGGCCACGCACAACGAACGCAUCAAAGAAAGCCGGCGCCAAUUCAAAGGCAAUAUCCAGAACCAAAUUCAAGACGGCAGCAUCUCCUUCGCCGAAGCAGCUGAAGCCGAAGCCGCCCUCAUCGAAGACGAAAACCAGCGCGAGCGCGCCCUCACAAAAAAGCUCUUCGACAGCUAUCAGGACACCGUCCUCAAGCCUAUGCAAGCAAUCCUAACCGACCGCAUCGACCGUGCAACAGUCUGCAUCGACGAACUCCGCAGCAAACUCUUCGACGAUGCCCAGCACGAAUCCCCAGACCAAACCCAGGAAGAAGGCGAUGAGAAACCCGAGCUCCUCGAGAAACUCACGCAGCUCAAAUGGCUCUUUGAAGCCCGCGAACAACUCCACCGCGAAAUGUACGACCUUGUUACGGCCCGUGAUGAAAAGUAUAAAGCUCUUGUCAUUCUCCCUUACAAGCAGACCAAAAACGAAGACAAAGUCCGCAGCACAACCGCGUUCUUCACCCGCGAUGCCCUCGAUCGCCGCAGCCACUACGAAAGCGCCGCGCUUUCCCGCCUCGAAUCCUUCCAGGAAGUCAUCGAGGAGAAUGUUGUGCGCGGAGUCGAAAUGCAACUCUCUGCCUUCUGGGAUAUUGGUCCAUCUCUUCUGACACUCGUCCAGUCGCUCCCUGAUAACCUAGCCGGCUUCCAGGUUCAGAUCCCAGCUAACGAGUAUGAUGAGAACCCGAGCUACUUGCGACACCCACUGCAGUAUCUGUAUACACUUGUUUCACAUGCAGAGAAAUCAAGUUACCAGUACAUCGAGUCUCAGAUUAACUUACUUUGUCUGCUACAUGAGGUCAAGUCUGCGGUGAUGCGCGCAAACAGUAAACUUAUGGAGACGGAGCGGAUCCGGCACGGGGAGGCUGAGGAGACUGCUAGUGCAGAGAUGGACCAGUCGCGGGCGGGCGAGGAGCGUUCGCUCACGAAUGACUUGAAGGAUAAGGUUGCCACCGUGGAGGGGCAGUGGACCGAGGCGCUGGGGAGUCAGAUCCAGGGGCUGAGGCAGAGAGUCCGGGAGCAGCUGGAGAUGGAGGAUGGGUGGGAGGAUCUGGAAUCCUUGGAGCAGGUUUAA